UUCAAACCUUCCCUCUCCACACGCCACCACCACCACCUUCUUUUCCUUCUGUCCGCCUGUCCGUACCACUCGCCCUGGUGCACGCAAAGCCAGAGCGCGGCGGCACGCCAUGGGCACCCUCGUCGGGCACGUCGCGCCGGGCGCCGGCUUCCUCCUCAUCGGCCUAUGGCAGCUGUUCAGCCACACCCGCCUCUUCUUGCUGCGGCCGAGCUCGUACUCGGCGCCGGUCUGGUUCCCGGUGCGCGGCGUGCGGCACCUCGAGCUCAUCCUCAUAAUCAUCGGCACCGUGAUCUCCAUCCUGAUGGAGCUCGUCAUCGGCCCCGCUAAGCACCAGCCCUUCGACGACGACGGCACCAUACCGUCCGACCACCUCCACAACUUCGAGCACGCGUCCAUCUCGCUCGCGCUGCUCACCUUCGCCGCGGUCACCAUCCACCUCGACAGGGUGAAGGCGCCGAUGCGUGACGCGGUGUCGCAGCUCGUGGCCGCCGCGGCGUUCGCGCAGCAGCUACUCAUCUUCCACCUCCACUCGGCGGACCACAUGGGCGUGGAGGGCCAGUUCCACUGGCUGCUGCAGACGGCCAUCGCCGUCACGCUCGCCACCACGCUCCUCGGCAUCCCCUACCCUCGGAGCUUCACGGUGAGCCUGGUCCGGUCGGCGAGCCUCGUGUUCCAGGGCGUCUGGUUCAUCGUCAUGGGCGUCAUGCUGUGGACGCCCGCGCUCAUCCCCAAGGGGUGCUUCCUCAACCGAGAGGAAGGCCACGACGUCGUCCGGUGCCGCACCGACGAGGCGCUCGACCGCGCCAAGUCGCUCGUCAACCUGCAGUUCAGCUGGUACCUCACCGGCACCGUGGUGUUCGUCGUUUUCUUCUACCUGCAGCUCACCAAGCGCUACCCCGAGGAGCCGCAGUACUUGCCGCUGGUAAAAGGUGGCGGCGGCGGCGGCGACAGCGACGGCCGGUUCAGCAUCGGAGAUGACCACGACGACGAGGACGAUCUCGAGGUCGCGAAACGUGGCUUCGGGCACGUGGUUAGCGGCACAAAGCCUAUCGAAAUCGAGAGGUGAGGUCGCCGCACCGUACGCACGGUUAGGAUUGUUCUGUGAUUAUCGUGUAAUUUGGCUUUAGUGUUUGUGGUGAAAAAUGUACAAUUAUUCUUUAGAAAACCGUUACAAAGAACGGUUUACAGUUGGUACUACGAAAGUACUUUGUAAAUUGUGACCCUUGGAGUACGGAUCCAAUGGUAGCCCAUGUCUGUCCCUCCUCGCUAGGCGUUGUCACGCGCGCAACAAUGGCAAUCAUUGUAAUCGCCAAUAUUUUCAGUUGACAACGCAAUCUACCCCACAAAGCAUUUAUGGAGGCGGCUAGAA